AUGAAAGCCUUCCGUAAGGGGUGCUCGCCAAACGCAGUCACGUACUACAUCCUCAUCGCCAUGUUUGCGAGGUUGGGGGAUGCGCCAGGCCUUGCAAAUCUCCUGGGCGACAGCAAGUGCUCGAGCUUCCGUCCCGAUGCCAUGACUUACAACACUCUCCUCUGCGGCUACUCGAAGAUGGGAAUGCCGGAGGAUUUCGACAAGACACACAGGGAAAUGGUGGAGGAGGAGGAGGAACUUAGCAAGGAGAGCUACAACGCAUUGCUCGUUGGAUACCCGUGGCUGGAUCGUCUCGACGAGCUCCAGCGCUGUGUGGGGGCGAUGCUAGCCAGGGAGAUGAGUCUGGCAUCGCCACUGGUGGCGGAAGAGAUCGCCAAGGCUUACAGAAGAAAUGGAUGGGUGGAAGGAUUGGACACGGUGAUCCAGCUUGAGGAAAAAAGUCCCGGGAUUUCUCCAACGUUCCAAAGCUUUGUAAAUGCUUGCAAUGACGAUUUAGAAAAAAAGGAGGCGCUUGUUUCAAGAUAA